GAUAGCGCCCUCUGUUGAUAAGGAGAUGAGAGUACAUGUUGUUUGGCUUGUUUUCUUGUUUUUAUUCAAUUAUCUGCUGAAUCAAUGAAAUAAGAAUGAUUUUGCGAGGUAUAUCCCGUUUAUUAAGACCAAACAUUUAUAUUAAUGUCAACAUAACUUCUGCUAUCCACGGAACAGAUUUCGUAGGCCCAGACCUAGGCCUAGGCCUACUCCAGACAAGAGCUGCCCAACAAGUAGGCAGAAGGCUUUCAAGCCUCGUCGUAGGACACACACCAGUUUAUGGGUUUGCCUCAUUGAAUACUCUAGGCCUCAGACAGCUGCUUUCGCAAGUAGAUUUAACAAACAAGUCGAAAGGCUCAAUCUCCUCAACUCAGCUGACACAAAAAAGAUUCUACGCAAGCAGAAUAAAACCCAAGAAGAAAAAGCCAGUUAAAGACCUGGAGCCAGUUAUUCAUAACCUUGACAGGUAUUACGGCCUAGAACCAUCAAAACCAAAACUUUAUUUUGAAGAAGUUGAAGCCUUAAAUAGCGCCAAUGAUGAUAUCAAGAAAAUGUUCAGCCUUGAAUUUGCAAGUAAUGCUGAAAUCAAAGAAUACAAAUCCUGCAAAUUGUUGGAGGAAAUCAAGGAAGAGCUAGCAAUCGAUCCACAUGCUCACAAAAAAACACUCCCAUUAAGAAUUGCAUUGUUGACAAUGGCAGUCAGGAAUUGUGGGAAACAUGUUAUAAAAAAUCCAAAGGACAAAGCGAACAAAAGGAAAAUGCUGAUCAAUAUUGAUCGACGUCGCAAGUUCCUCAGGAGGCUACGGCGGCAAAACUACAACCAGUUUGAGAACAUUCAAAGAGAGCUUGGUAUCAAAUGGGUACCGACUCCUAAGUUUGAAUGGUUAACAAAAACAAGGCGGCAAAUUGAAAGGAGACUUAUUAAGGACAAAGCACAUUGGGAGAGAAUCGCAGCACAGAAGGAAUUUGCAAAACAGCGAAGGAAGGAAAACAUGAUUGAAAUUGUACGAUUGAAGAAAGAACUUGGUAAAGACCUGACAGAGGAAGAGAAGCAAUAUGAUCAAAUAAAUAACAAUAUUUAAAAUCAACCUCUGAUAAUUAUUAUGUUUAAUUGAUUUGGUAUCAAACAAAAAUAUCAUAGCAUACAAGUUUUGUAUAAACAUACAAAUUAUUGUUUUUUUUCCCUACUUUUUUUCCCCUUACAAAACUUUUUGGGAAAUAAACUGAAUGGUUGAACGAAUUGUUUCAGUUAUCUUAAAAUUUAUAAUGUGCUAUAUAA